UAUCCUUGCAUAUUUGAUGAUUAUUUAAUAGAUCUAGUUGAGUCACUUGAAUUAAAGGGUAGGUGAGACUAAGAGAGAGAGAGAGAAAAAAACAGAGUCAAGAACAGAGAGCAUGUUCAUGUGAAGAGCAAAAACCAUAUACCAAGAAGAACUGAAAGGUGAGAAAGCUCAGAGAAUUUGUUCUUGUUGGAUUGCAUCCAUGAAAUUGAAACCACUCUGCAACACUUAAACUUUUGCUGAGAGGAUGAUGAACAACGAUUCUUCUUCUUCUUCUUCUUCUUCUUCUUCUGCAUAUAAGGUGGAAACAACAUGUCGUCUAGCACAAUGGAGAGUCCACAACUUUGCCUCCAAUACUUACCGCAAAUCCGAUCCUUUCAAGAUAGCCAUGUGGAACUGGCAUUUAUCAGUGGAGAAUAACCGGGUUUCCUAUGUUAAAUUGUACCCGGAAUUGUCCAAAGAUAAUCCUCUGGUUGCAUCUUUCAUCGUUCGGGUUCUUAGCUCUGUUGGAAAUAGCAAGGCCUUGGUACAUUCAGAAAUAAAAGACAAGCUUCUUAGCAAUAGCGAAGGCUAUGUUUGGAUGAUUGAGGUUCCACUGCCAAAAAAAUUCAUUAUUGACAUUGAGUUCCAGGAUUUGAAGACUACAUGCCCAAAGGAUGGAGCACUUUGCUCGAUCUGGCCUAGAUUCUUGCAGCAAAGAUCGAACACAACAGCCAACGAGUGUCUCGGUCGAAUGCUAACAGAAAACAUCCACACAGACAUCACAAUCUAUGCCAAUUCAUUUCAAGAAAGAAUAAGAGCCCACAGAGCUGUCCUUGCUGCAAGGUCACCUGUCUUCCAUGGCAUGUUCUCACACAACCUUAAGGAGAGUGAUCUUUCCAUCAUAAACAUAUCAGACAUGUCAUUUGCAGAUUGCAAUGCACUUGUAAAUUAUCUUUAUGGAACCAUCAAAGAUUGUGAGUUUCUGACUCACAGGCUUGCACUACUCCGCGCAGCGGACAAGUAUGACAUAAGUGACUUGAGAGAGGCAUGUCAUGAGAGUCUUAUGGAAGAUAUUGAUGCUUCCAAUGUGCUUGAAAGGCUCCAAUUUGCAUCUCUAUAUCAAUUGCAAAAUCUGAAGAAUAGCUGCAUGCAAUACCUUGUGAAAUUUGGUAAAAUAUUUGACAUUCAUGAUGAUUUCAAAGCCUUCUUGCAAAGUGCAGACAGAGAUCUGAUUUCUGAAGUCUUCCAUGAAGUUCUGAAUGAGUUGAAAGGAUUGUGAAAAUCUUCUAAUUUCAAAUUAGGACAGGAAGGAAAGAUAGUAUUUGAACAUAUGCUCAAAAGUAAGCUGUUUAGUUUCAGGGUUAUGCAGGAUUUGUUUUGAUGAAUUUUCUAUUUAUUUCUUAGAUGGAUUUUUUCUUGAUUUCAAUGUACAUAUGUAUGUAGCACUAUUGAUUUCAGGCUAUUCUAAUUCUUAUUUCUUGAUUUCAAUGAACAUACACAUCAUAUAUAAAUACUAAAUUCUAUUCAAA